CGAAUGCGGAUGGUGCUGGUCCCAUUGUACCUAAUUCUGGGAUAAACCAAACCCACUAUCCCAUUAGCUCAGACUUACUGGAAGUAUUAUCAGGCAGCACAUAUAAUGUCAUUAUUGAGCAUUAGCAAACCAGAUUCCAUAAGCCGAUGGAUUCGAAUUUUCACACUCCAGUUUCUCCUAGUCAGAAUGCAUGCACAACAAACCAUGGAAUUUACUGUCGUCGAAGAAAGCCCUCCUCAGACAUUCAUUGGAAACUUGAACACCGCAUCCUCACUUCUGAAUAAUGUGGUGGAUUCGCAAAGUAUUGUUGGUGGCACAUUCCAGCUGCUUACUCAGACUAAUUUGUUCUAUUUAAACUCUUCCACUGGAGAACUGUUUACUCGGAGUGUGGUUGAUCGGGAACGGAUAUGCCCGGAAGCAAGUAAUGUUCGUUUUCUCCAGUCUGACACCAGUGCUCGUACGAAGCUGCAUUCGGAACGAACUCAUGAUGUGCCGGUGGUUUUGGAUAAAUUAGGAGAUUCUACCUGUGUAAUUCAACUUCAGGUGCUGCACUUCAUGCAUUCUCAACAAACGCCGGCUGAUGUUCAGUCCCAUCGCGUUCUGAUCCUCAAGCUAACAGUUCUAGAUAUUAACGAUAACCCACCUAGUUGGCAGGAAAACGUGAUACAACUUGCCGUGCCAGAACAUUCACCGGUAGGUACACGAUUUCCACUGCCAACCGCCUUUGACCCUGACUGCGGACCAACAAAUACUACUGUAAGCUACGCAUUAACAGACGCAAACUCCGAUGGACGCUCUUCCGGUAUAAAACAGGUAGCUCACUACGGACACAGCGCUUUUCAGUUGGAUACAGAACUUGUUCAAGAAUCAGGAUUUUCCGAGCUGAAUAAUCUCAUGUGGUCUCAGCAAACUAUGCACUGCACCCGACGGAUGUUUCGCCUGUGGUUGAGAGUCACACGCGAUUUGGACUAUGAUGACGUAUCAACAUCUAACCGUCUCGGCGAGAGGGAAUUUUCAACAACCAGUUUACCUUUGAAACAGCUCCAUCUACAACUGAGUGCCAGUGAUGGCGGAUUGCCGGUUGCUCUAACAGGCACCACCCUAAUAAACAUAUCUGUUGUAGAUAUCAAUGACCACUCUCCGAUAUUCAAGAUACAAAAUCCGGGGAAAAUAUCAGAUGCUUCAGGUACAAUGCCGGAGGAUACUGUGGAGAUAGAGGAGAACACCCUAGUGGGACGCGUGAUCUAUGUUGCUCAGGCUUCUGACCUGGACGAGUCGGACAAGGGCCGAUUACAAUUUUCCUUGGGCACGUCCGUCAGCCGAUCUGUUCGGUCUGCCUUUGAAGUGAACAUCAAUACUGGUGAAGUGGUGCUGCUUCAGUCACCUGAUUAUGAAAAACAAAAGUCUUUCACUGUGCCCCUACUAGUCACAGAUCACAAACACACAGCAAAUAUGAAUUUAUUAGUACGUAUUAAAAAUCAAAACGAUCAUCCACCGGUCAUCGUUGUUCAGUCUGUGGGAAAUUCCGCGCCAACAAAUGUUGAUUCAAACUAUAAGAACACGCAGUCCAAUAUUCCCUACUCUCCUACCAGAUCAGUUACUUUGCAUAUUACUGAGCAUGAUUCACCGGGACGUCUUAUUGCGACGGUGUUCGUCAGUGAUCUUGAUGAACCGGACGGAACCGAAGUGGCGUAUGACAAUUCACUACACAUUGCACCCUACCAAACAGCCCCUGCCCCAUCGGCAUCCGUUUUACCGUCCAAGUACUUUGAAGCUAGUUCUGCUGGAGAUAACGGAAUCCGAUGUCAGAUUAACCACUUAGGUCUUGCACUCUCCCCGCUGUUUGAUGGCGCAGUAAAUCAGUUCAAACUGAUUACUCGAACUUCAUUCGAUCGUGAACAGCAAGCAGAGCACUUUGCUACAUUAGUAUGUUACGAUCGAGGUCAGCCUCAACUGUCUUCCCAACUUGGAAUACACCUGCUAAUCGACGAUAUUAACGAUCAUGCACCAAUUUUUAAAAAUCAAAAUAUGGUUGCUUACUUAAAAGAGAAUGAACCUGCUGGUACCGUAGUAUACACAGCUGAGGCGACAGAUUUAGAUUUGGGUGUCAAUGCACAACUUCACUUCAGUCUUUCCCCGGAGAACUUGAAUGAAUUUAGUAUUGAUUCUAUCAGCGGAAUUGUAAGAAGUUUGCGUGCAUUUGAUCGAGAGCAAGAGAAUCAGUUUAACGUGACUGUAAUUGUUCAAGAUCGAGUGUUAUUUGAUAAGAACAAGUCGGACGCAUCAAUAAACCGUGGGAUUAUUCAGGUCAGAGGAAUUUUUCCUUCCUCGAUGGAGCGUCACUCGGUCAAAGCAAAUUUAAUUGUUCACAUUCAGGAUGUGAAUGACUGUCCUCCGGUAUUUGGCAAUUCGCUUUAUCAAUUAUCCGUCGCGGAAGAUGCGAAGAUUAAUUCGUUAGUGGGACAGAUCAAAGCCAACGACAGCGACGCAACUGAGACAAAUAAUCAAGUACAAUACCUUAUAAAAUCUCAAACAGAAAAUGAAGGGGCACAGGAAUUCCGUGUCUCUGCCAAAGGUCACAUCUACGUCGCUCGUGGAAACUUGGAUCGUGAACGUGUACCCAGUUACAACUUCUACUUGGUCGCUGUGGAUUCCGGGGUUCCAGCUUUGUCAUCAACCACGCAGGUUCAUGUUUAUGUGACCGACGUCAAUGACAACGCUCCCACAUGGGUUUUUCCUGCCCAUAAUAACCAAGCGGUCAACGUCACCGUUACUGAGCCAGUGGGGUAUUGUGUCACGCAGCUGAAUGCAAUAGAUCCGGACGAGGGUGAGAAUGGAGAAGUCAGCUACCGUCUGAUACAGACCAGUCGUGUUGCGACACUAGAAAACCUAGAACGGGGUGUUCCUCUAACAUCCAAGGUGGCAUUCAUCCCUAAUCGUCACUCAAAUGCAGAUGUAAAGUACGUAGGCCGAUUGGGUGCAGAUAAGCCGACUGCCGGAAACCUUUUUGAGCUAGAUCCUAACAGCGGUUCCAUUUAUGUCGGUCGUUCUAUGGGUACGGAUGACAUUGGAUCAAUCAAGUUGGUCGUUGAAGCCAGUGACAAAGGCCAACCAAUCAAGGUUAAUCACCGGGUUCUUCAAAUUAAUAUAGUGCGUUAUAUGUCGGACUCAGCUACAGGGCCAGAAGAUGCAUCAUACGGAACGGGCGAAAAAAGUCGCUACCGCAUGUAUUCACCCUCCGGUAGCAUGGGACAUAUGGAAUACGACUUGAUUGUGAUUGUAAUUAUGGUCGCCGUCACCCUGAUUAUAUCAUUGGCUCUUAUCAUCGCCAUCCUUUUUCUACGAUGUGGCAUUUGCUCUACCAGGGGAAUGGUCCAUUAUAACGCCGCAAUACCAGCAGACUAUCGUCAUGAUUCAGGCCACACCCAUCACUUAGAAGAAGUAUUUCGUGACUCCGGCAAUGUGGAAAUCAAUGGAUUAUUGCCAUCUGGGAUGGAACAAUUUUCCCACGGCAAUCAGUUUUCUGAUACAAGCUUAAAUAGCUUUCAGCCAGCAACAGAGACUGAACCGAUGUGCCGAAGUUACCUGUCCACACCUGGGGCGGAGCCCUGGGUGGUGACAACCUUGAGUCCAAAGAAAAGCGGAGGGGGACAGCAGUCGGUGGAAUUCAUCAAAUUCAAUAGACUCGGUGGAUCGAUUGCACGAGUACAGUCACCUGCUUUGGAAAAGUUUGCUACCGGAAAACGAGGAAGCGUAGUCAGUCCGACCGUUUGUUCAAAACAUUGUAAUGAAAGUACUUACCGCUCCCCUUCGGAAUCCAAUUCACCAGAUCAUGAUUUGCGGCUGUUUUUGACCAAACGUCCGAUGGUUCGAACCAAUCCAAUUCCUUGCUCAACAUUUCGUGCCAGCUGUUCACAUCUGACACAGGUGCGUCCAAACACGCCGUGCAAAUUCGCAACGGGAAAG